AUGGACAAAGAUUGCGACAUGGUUUAUAAAAACAUUUCUGACAUAUAUAAAUCUGAGGAGUUUAAGACUUACGAUAACUUUGUUUCAUUAGUUGCAAAAUGUGUUUGGGAAAUAAGAGAUAAAGAUAGAAGAGGCAAAGUAUGGAACGAACAAAUAAGACCCGCUAUGUUUGAGAUGAAGAGAGCAAUUGACGCUUUAGUUGUUUUAGCUGGUUUUAUUUCAAUGUAUAACGCAAAAAUGAACCCGCAAUGUUCAAAAUGUAAAGCAGGAAUAAGAAAAUAUAACUACUCAGUCAAAGAGAUAGAACGUAUGCGAAACGACUAUGCAGACUUAAAGAAAGAAGCAGAAAAGCCAGCAGAAGAUAAAAUGGACAUGUUAGCAUUUCUGAACAAAAACUAUCCAACAGCAGAAGAUUUCCUUCUGUCUGACGUCAAGAAGAAGUAUAAAGAAACCUUCGGUAUUGUUAAAACUUUUGACAUACUGACAGAAGAAAUAGAAGCUACGAAAUUGUUUAGGAUUUCAAAUAUACAUCGUACAAUUCAUGUAAAACGCUUGUGA